AUGCAAUGCUUCAUGAAGCAUUGCCUCCUUGUUGCCUCAUCCUUCAGCUGAGUAGAAAAAACUUUUAUAGAUAAACCAGAUGGAGAAAGGAGAUUUGGCCACAAAGAUGAAGAAUACUUUGAUUGAUACUACGUUAUCAUAAAUUUUAAAUGCCCCAUUUAUCAAUGAAACUCUUAUGUUUCUGCUGGAUGUUAUACUUUUCCGUUUUGCUUUGUGCUACCUUAUAACAACCAUCAGUAUGCAAGGGCAAGUAUUGAAUACAAAAUUAAAUCAAAAUUUAUACUCCCAAGCGGCAAAAGAUUAAAGGAUAAGGCUGAUAUUUAUAUUUUUGAGAAAAUCCAAGGAAUAUUCUUUUAG